CACAGUUGAGAGAAGGUUUUCAUAAUUUCCUACAGUCGAAGGGGUUUCUAUACAUUUUUCACCUACAAUUUACGAGUGCUCCCUUCCCUGCGCUCUCCUCUCCGAGCCGGCGCGGUCGCAUCGCAUGUCUCCGGCCGACACGAUCGCCGGCGGAAAGCCGCCGCCGCCGCCGUCGGAAGUUUGGAAGGAGCGCAUCAUCGUCCCCACCGUCCUCGCCGGGAUCAUUGGGGGAGGAUACGGCUUGCUGUCGAAGCAUCGAAAGGCGAUGGGCCCAGCGAGCGCGGCCACAACAUACGCUGCCAACCUCGCCGUCAUUGCCGUGUGCUAUUCGGGGGCACGUGAACUUGCAAGGGAUGCCCGAGCUUCAGAACCUGGUGACUUCAUGAAUUCCGUGGUUGGAGGAUUUGCAAGCGGAGCUCUUCUGGGGAGAGUUCAAGGUGGACAAUUGGGCGCAGUUCGUUAUGCAAUCAUCUUUGCAGCUGCGGGGACUGCGGUGGACUUCGCCGCAAUGCAGAUAAGCCCUUACUUGCAGAGCUUUAGAGGGUCUCUCGCAGGAGAUAAAAGCUGGUGGAAAUUGCCGGAGUGGUCGCCAAUCCAAGUGCUGGACGAGGAAGCUCUCGCUGCGAAAAGAGCUCGCGAACAGCAGCUCUAUGCUCAGAGAACUUUCGGCAAAAUGAACAAAGAAGACUGCUAACAUCGAGUACCUUAAUGCGCUUUUUCUCUUUUCUUGAGUUAUUUAUUGAACAUGGUAAGUUUGUACCCUGUAAUUUUGUUUGUAGAGCUGGGAUUUUGGUUCUUCUUGAUUUUUCUUUCUGAUAUGACUAGGGGAGGAAAUAUCCAGUGUGAUAAGCUGAACAAUGUUAGAAUUGAUUGGAAUAAGGUUUGUCUUAUAGUAUACAGCUACAAUCUGUUGUUCUAUAUCAAUUUAUGAAAGACCAUGCAACCUCUAUCACUCA